UUUUGUCAAGUAAACGGUAUAUAAACGCAAUGUAUGAUUCGUUAGCAAUCUAGUAUCCAGGUACUGCGACUGUGGAACUAUGGCUCGAUUAAACUAUAUUGCAUUGAUCGUUGUUGCAAUGAGCGCACUGAUGUGCGUUUUUGCAGGAGACUUGGGACUCUAUCCUAGUGAACUUGAUGAUCUCGAUGUUGUGGCACUUCUGGCAGAUGCCGCUUGGCGACAACAAAGCGAUGAUUGCUUUUUGAAUAAAGGACCGUGCUCAGAAGAACAGAAGUAUUUAAAUGAUUUAUUCAGAGAGGCUGUAAGAACUGACUGCGAAAGAUGUACUGAUAAACAAAGACAAAUUAUGAACACAAUUACUGAGUGGUACGAACAGAACGAAGCCGAUGUUUGGAAAAUAAUACUUGAAGAUGCCCGAGCCUAAAGGAAAAGAAUGCUAAUCAAUGACUAUUGGCAACAAAAAUGAAUAAUGAAUCUUCCGACGCAUACUAUAUCCAGACUUUUCCAAUUAAUUUCUUUAUAUAAAAAUUUAUAAUAUAGUUUAAAAUUUAAUAAAUAAUAUUUGUAAACGGUAGUAUGUGGGUGAGGGAAAUAACAAACGGUAGUGUCUUAUGAUUUAAAAGAAAUAUUUUGUACAAAUCAAUUUAGCUGAUAUGUAAUUUAGUUAGGAUAAUAUUUAUAUUACCCUAACAAAAAAAAGAUUCUUAAAAAAUAAAAAUAUAUUACACUGCAAUAAAUUGCAAUUUGGAAAAGCUAUUUUCUGGAACAAAUACACUGUGAGGAACAUUUAUUGCAUAAUUCAUUGUAAUAUCAAAGACAUUUACUAAUAAACUAGUGUUGUUAAGAA